AUGGCGGAAGAAAAUUUAUUGGAGAGAAUUACAUUGCACCUGGAAGCCCAAAAGAGAGAACUUGAGCGGCGUGAGAAAGAAUGCGGGAAACGAGAGGCUUACAAUGUAAAGAAGGGAAUGAAGCUCUCUCUUGAGAAGAAAAUGGUAAUAGAAAGUCUGGAAGAGGAACUUGAAAGGUUGGAAGAAUUGAAUCAAGCCCUUGUUAUCAAGGAGCGCAAAAGCGAUGAUGAAUGUCAAGAAGCUCGUAAAGAGAUAAUCACAGCCUUGAAGGGGCAGUCUUCUCAUGGUUUGAUUGGUGUAAAGAGAAUGGGGGAACUUGAUAGGAAGCCAUUCCUUGAUGCUGCCAAGAGAAGAUGCUUGGGAAAUGAGGUGGAUGAGAAAUCUUGGGAGAUGUGCUCAUUAUGGAAGGACUACCUUAGGAUCCUAGCUGGCACCCUUUUAAGGUUGUCGCGGUUGCAGGAAAUAAUUGAUGAAGAGGAUGAAAACCUGAAAAAUCCUAAGACUGAUAACGGUAAUGAAGUUUACAUGGCCGUGAUAGCUGCCUUGAUGGAGAUAAAUGAGUACAACCCCAGUGGUAGGUAUGUGGUACCAGAGCUCUGGAAUUAUGAAGAAGGAAGAAAAGCAACAUUGAAGGAGGGAGUAUCAUACAUACUCAGUCAGUUGAGGGUGCUCAAAAGGAGGAGAAACUAGAGGGUUUUGGCAGUUGAUUUAACUCUUCAUCGAUUCCUUAAUACAGGAAUCCUCGUAUUGUGUCAUCCGAUGCUUUUAAUAGAUUACACCUUGGUACUUUGUUUUGUCGUUCUGUCUGCAUGAUGUUAUGGA